AUGGCUAGUCCUUGCAAGCCCAGCAGCUCAGCUGUUACCACUGCCGCUACCGAGUCUUCGUCCACCGAGACAAGCAACCCGACGUCUACAAUCGCUUUGUCAGCUUCUAUGACCGAAGCAAUGUCGUCCGAGACCUUCACAACUGAGGCAUCAUCUGCACCCACGACUGACGCUACAACUCUCUUCACUACAAUCUCAGCUUCUCCGGGUACAACGACCUCUUCUCCCGCCACCACUUCUUCUGUAGCCCCAAUUGCAUACAGAGUUAAAGCCCAGGAUGGCCCUAUUCCCAACGCUAUAGUCCGCUAUUCACCAACCUCCGGAGGUGUCUUGGAGAUAGCCAGUACACCUACUGAUGGUUCCGUGGAGGCAGUGCUGUCAAUCGAUCCGGACACAGGAUACCUCUCGUCAAAUGGUCAUGAAAUGUGCACUAUCUCCGACAUCACCAACAGAUACACUACAAUUCACAUAUGCUACGACUUCGAGGUCACAGAGCAAACGCGCUUCACCUGCGAAUUUGAUGCCGGUGGUUCGCUGCAAUGCAGAGCGCCAAAGCUCUCCUGCUUUUACACUGAAGACGAAGAUGGUGAAUCCACCACGGUCUGUACCAACACUGGCGAGUUCUGGACUCAGCUUUAUGCUCGCUCUAUUGCUCCAGGCAAGUAUGAUAUUGGCAUUGGGCGUGCAAAUCUACCUACUGCUACAUGGACACCUGUCGAUCUGUUACUCCAAGAGCUGCAGUCUUAG